CGUGACGAGCAUGCCUCUGUGUCGGCGGAGAGCCACCUCAGAAGACAACAAGGCAGAUGCCCCAGAAGCUCAGCCCAUGGUGCCCACAGAAAGACUGAAGGUGCUGUUGCACUGGGCUGGGCCUGAGGGCGGGGAGCCCUGGGUCACCUUCAGCCAGGCAUCUCUGACUGCAGAGGAAGUCUGCAUCCACAUCGCACACAAAAUCGGCAUCUCUCCACCCUGCUUGAAUCUCUUCGCCCUCUACGAUGUACAGGCCAAUGUCUGGCUGUCCCCAAAUCACACCUUGGACACAUCUCAAGAUGUAAGCUUAAGGCUAUAUUUCCGCAUGAGGUUUUACUUCCGGAACUGGCAUGGCUUGAAUCUCCAGGAGCCAGCUGUGUACCGGUCUGGUUUCCCGGUGGCAGAGACCUCCUCAGAACGGGCAGAGCAGGGUAUACAGCUCUUGGACUCUGCCUCAUUUGAAUACCUCUUUGAGCAGGGAAAACAUGAGUUCAUGAACGAUGUGAUAUCUCUGCGGGACCUGUCUAGCGAGGAAGAGAUCCACCACUUUAAGAAUGAGAGCUUGGGCAUGGCCUUUCUGCACCUCUGUCACCUUGCUCUCUGCCGUGGUGUCCCCCUGGAAGAGAUGGCCAGAGAGAUCAGCUUCAAGAACUGCAUCCCUCGUUCCUUCCGCCAGCACAUCCGCCAGCACAAUGCGCUCACACGCCUGCGGCUCCGGAGAGUCUUCCGCAGAUUCCUGCGGGCCUUCCAGCCUGACCACCUCUCCCAGCAGGUUGUGAUGGUUAAGUACUUGGCCACCCUGGAGCGACUGGCUCCCCGCUUCGGCUCAGAGCGCAUACCUGUGUGUCAUCUGGAGGUCCUAGCCCAGCCUGAGAGGGACCCCUGCUACAUCCAGAACAGUGGGCAGACCACUGGGGACCCAGGCCCAGAGCUGGCCAUUGGGCCUCCCACCCACGAGGUACUGGUGACAGGCACCAGAGGUAUCCAGUGGCGUCCACUGCAGAACCAGGAAUCUGAGAAAAGUAACAGCAAAGGGAAUCUUCAAGGCACCCAGUCUGGGAAGAAAGCCAAGGCCUCCAAGGCUGGAGAGCAGCUGGCCGAGAGUCCUCGGGACCCACCUUGGACCUACUUCUGCGACUUCCAGGACAUUUCCCACAUGGUGCUAAAGGAAUGUCUUGUGCGCAUCCACCUUCAGGACAACAAGUGCUUGUUGCUGUGUCUCUGUUCCCGGGCUGAGGCUCUGUCCUUUGUGGCCCUGGUGGAUGGCUAUUUCCGCUUGACCGCUGACUCCAGCCACUACCUGUGCCAUGAGGUGGCACCCCCGAGGCUGGUGACUAGCAUCCAGAACGGCAUCCAUGGGCCUCUGAUGGAUCCAUUUGUGCAGGCCCAGCUGUGGCCAGAGGAUGGCCUCUACCUGAUUCAAUGGAGCACCAGCCACCUGCACCGUCUGAUCCUCACUGUGGCCCAUCGAAACCCGGUGGGUCGAGAUGGUCCUAGGGGCCUUCGCCUCCGGAAAUUCCCCAUCAGCCAGCAACCUGGAGCUUUUGUCCUGGAAGGCUGGAGCCGCUCCUUCGCCAGCAUAGCAGACCUUCGGGUCGCUUUGCAGGGCUGCUCACUGCGGGCUGGUGACGACUGUUUCCCCUUGCACCGCUGUUGCCUGCCCCGGCCAAGAGAAAUCUCCAACCUUGUGAUCAUGCGGGGGUCUAAUGCCCACACCCGGCCGCUCAACCUCAGUCAGCUCAGCUUCCAUAGAGUUCACCAGGAUGAAAUCACCCAGCUGUGCCACUUGGGCCAAGGCACAAGAACCAAUGUGUAUGAGGGCCUGCUAAGAGUGGGAGGCCCUGAUGAAGGCAAAGUGGACAAUGAAUGUCCCCCUGAACCUGGCGGGAGCAGUGCUCAGCUGUUGCGAGUGGUGCUGAAAGUCCUGGACCCCAGUCACCAUGAUAUCGCCUUGGCCUUCUAUGAAACAGCUAGCCUCAUGAGCCAGGUAUCACACAUGCACCUGGCUUUCCUGCAUGGUGUUUGCGUGCGUGGCUCAGAAAAUAUCAUUGUGACAGAGUUUGUAGAACAUGGUCCCCUGGAUGUGUGUUUGCGGCGACAGAGGGGCCGAGUGCCCAUGACCUGGAAGAUGACCGUGGCUCAGCAGCUGGCCAGUGCCCUCAGCUACCUGGAGGACAAGAAUCUGGUUCAUGGGAAUGUAUGUGGCCGGAACAUCCUGCUGGCCCGGAUGGGGCUGGAGGAGGGUACCAGCCCCUUCAUCAAGCUAAGUGAUCCCGGCGUGGGCCAAAGUGCCCUCUCCAGGGAGGAGCGGGUGGAGCGCAUCCCCUGGACAGCCCCAGAGUGCCUGGCUGGAGGGGCCAACAGUUUGGGUACUGCCUCGGACAUGUGGGGCUUUGGCGCCACCCUCCUUGAGAUCUGCUUUGAUGGGGAGGCACCCCUGCAGGGUCGUAGCCCCUCUGAGAAAGAACGAUUCUACACAAAGCAGCACCAGCUGCCUGAGCCCUCAUGCCCGGAGCUGGCCACCCUCACCCGCCAGUGCCUCACCUACGAACCAGCACAGCGCCCGUCAUUCCGCACCAUCUUGCGGGACCUCACUAGGCUGCAGCCACAGAAUCUUGUGGGUGUUUCAGCUGUGAACUCAGACUCACCAGUGUCAGACCCCACUGUUUUCCACAAGCGCUAUUUGAAAAAGAUCCGGGAUUUGGGCGAGGGUCACUUUGGCAAGGUCAGUCUGUACUGCUAUGAUCCAACCAAUGACGGAACUGGCGAGAUGGUGGCGGUGAAAGCCCUUAAGGAGGGAUGUGGUCCCCAGCUCCGCUCUGGCUGGCAGCGGGAGAUUGAAAUCCUACGGAAGCUAUACCAUGAACACAUUGUCAAGUACAAAGGCUGCUGUGAGGACCAAGGAGAGAAGUCUGUACAGCUGGUCAUGGAAUACGUCCCUCUGGGCAGCCUGCGAGACUAUCUGCCCCGCCACAGCGUAGGGCUGGCGCAGCUCCUGCUGUUCGCCCAGCAAAUCUGCGAGGGCAUGGCUUACCUGCAUGCGCAGCGCUACAUUCAUCGAGACUUGGCUGCGCGCAACGUGCUGCUGGACAACGACAGGCUGGUCAAGAUUGGGGACUUUGGCCUGGCCAAGGCCGUGCCUGAGGGCCACGAGUACUACCGCGUGCGCGAGGACGGGGACAGCCCAGUGUUCUGGUAUGCCCCGGAAUGCCUCAAGGAGUGCAAAUUUUACUAUGCAUCUGAUGUCUGGUCCUUUGGGGUGACCCUGUAUGAGCUGUUGACAUACUGUGACUCUAGCCAGAGUCCCCCCACGAAAUUCAUCGAGCUCAUCGGCCUCACCCAGGGCCAGAUGACAGUGCUGAGGCUCACAGAGUUGCUGGAACGAGGAGAGAGGCUGCCGCGGCCUGACAGAUGUCCCUGUGAGAUCUAUCUCCUCAUGAAGAACUGCUGGGAAUCAGAGGCUUCCUAUCGGCCUACCUUCCAGAAUCUUGUGCCCAUCCUCAAGACAGCCCAGGAGAAGUACCAGGGCCAGGUGCCAUCAGUGUUCAGUGUUUGCUGACAAUCCAGAGC